AUGCCUGGCGGAGCCGUCACUCUCGUUGGGGCCACCAAUGUCGACCGCGUGGAAGCCCCAGUGACAAUUAAAGCGUACUUGAUGUGCGCAUUUGCGGCCUUCGGCGGCAUCUUUUUCGGAUAUGACUCUGGUUAUAUCAGCGGUGUUAUGGCAAUGAAUUACUUCAUCCAUGAGUUCCAAGGAUUACCUUAUCCGCCUGCAGGGGCUACCGAGGACCAAAAGAAGUACUUCGUUCUACCUUCCUGGAAGAAGUCCUUGAUUACUUCCAUCCUGUCAGCCGGCACAUUCUUCGGAGCCCUCAUCGCUGGCGAUCUAGCUGACUUCAUUGGCCGUCGUCUGACCAUCAUUGGAGGCUGCGGAAUCUUCAUUGUUGGAGUCAUCCUGCAGACUGCCUCCGCUUCUCUAGGCCUACUAGUUGCUGGUAGACUCAUUGCAGGCUUUGGUGUUGGCUUCGUAUCGGCAAUCAUCAUUCUUUAUAUGUCAGAAAUCGCGCCAAAGAAGGUCCGCGGUGCCAUUGUAUCUGGCUAUCAAUUCUGCAUUACAAUUGGUCUCCUGUUAGCGUCGUGUGUUGAUUACGGGACGCAGAACCGCACGGACUCCGGAAGCUACCGCAUUCCAAUUGCUCUCCAGAUGCUCUGGGCUAUCAUCUUGGCUUUUGGCCUGUUUUUCCUUCCCGACUCACCUCGAUACUACGUGAAGCGCGGCAAGAUUGACGUCGCCGCUUCGGUCCUUGCUCGAGUGCGGGGCCAACCCGUCGAUUCAGAAUAUAUACAGCAAGAACUCGCCGAGAUCGUAGCUAAUCAUGAGUAUGAGCUGCAGGUCAUCCCCCAAGGCAGCUAUUGGAACAGCUGGAAGCAAUGCUUCACAGGUGGUUUGUCCACACCGAGCAGCAACCUCCGUCGUACGAUCCUAGGCGCGUCGCUCCAGAUGAUGCAGCAGUGGACUGGUAUCAACUUCAUAUUUUAUUUCGGCACGACUUUCUUCAAGGACCUAGGCACCAUCUCGAAUCCCUUCUUGAUCAGCUUGAUCACCACACUCGUCAACGUGUGCUCCACUCCUGUCUCCUUCUGGGCUAUUGAGAAGGUUGGCCGUCGCCCUCUUCUCAUCUGGGGUGCAGUUGGGAUGUUCGUUUGUGAAUUCAUAGUCGCCAUAAUUGGCGUCACAGAUGGUCAUAAUAAGGAUGCUAUUAAAGCUAUGAUCUCGUUCAUUUGUAUCUACAUCUUCUUCUUCGCCUCGACAUGGGGACCCGGCGCGUGGGUCGUCAUCGGCGAGAUCUUCCCUCUCCCCAUCCGUUCUCGGGGUGUUGGAAUUGCAACUGCCUCGAACUGGCUUUGGAACUGCAUUAUCGCAGUCAUCACUCCCUACAUGGUCGGCACAGACCGUGGCAAUCUCGGUGCUCGCGUGUUCUUCAUCUGGGGCUCUCUAUGCGUUCUUUGCUGGAUUUACGCCUACCUUUUGAUUCCCGAAACCAAGGGCCUCACUUUGGAACAGGUCGACAGAAUGAUGGAAGAGACGACACCGCGAACUUCGUCCAAAUGGGUCCCGACGACUACGUUCGCAGCCGAAAUGGGACUGACGGAUAAGGGCACUCUCGAUCCCGCUAUUGUCGAGGACGUAGAGCGCAAGGGCUCCGUUGGCGUCUAA